UCUUCCUGCAGGACGAAUUUACUGAACUUUAAUGUUUUAUAGCUAGGGACAGAGAGUGCUAGCGUCACUACAUGUCGGAAUUCGUACGACUGCGGUCAGGGCAUGUGUUGUAGAUCCUCGGACGGUACAGUCAUUACUGAUCAACAGACGGGAGGGUUUGGUCCCCAUUUUUUACAACCUGCUAACCAAAAUGGUACGUGCAGCACCAGACCUGCUCAGAAAGGAGAAGUUUGUGAUUCCAGCUGCGACUGUGACACCGGUUUGAAGUGUUACAGACCAAUGAGUGGAAUAUGUUGUCCACCAAUGAAAUGUUAUGACGAAGCUUAUGUUAAACAGCAACAAGCAUACUGGUCAAACUGUCUGUCUAAUCCCGGUUGUGCUGUACCUCCAUAAUAUAAAUAAUUACAGGAGCUGUUAAA